AUGGCGAAUACCCCGGGAUCCAAGCCUGAAGGCGGUGCUUCUACUAUGUCACCCCCGAGCCAUGAGACGCAAGAGGUCACUUUGGCCAGUAUGAGCAAAUAUCUCCUCACGCGGCUGCCUACGUUGGUACCACCCAUGAAUAAGGCCCCCAAUCCGUUUAGUGCCCUCCGUCUUCUCAAUCGACAGCAAUGGCUCUUCUUCUUGGUCGCGUUCCUUGGCUGGUCCUGGGAUGCCUUUGAUUUCUUCACGGUCUCCCUCACAACCUCACAGCUGGCAGAGACCUUUGGCAAGUCUAUAUCCGACAUUACUUGGGGGAUUACCCUAGUGCUAAUGCUCCGGUCGGUCGGUGCGAUCACGUUUGGAAUUGCCUCCGAUCGUUGGGGUCGGAAAUGGCCUUUCAUCAUCAACAAUGUUCUGUUCAUCGUGUUGGAGCUAGGCACGGGAUUCUGUAAUACCUACCAACAGUUUUUAGCCUGUCGGGCUCUUUUCGGAAUAGCCAUGGGUGGUCUCUAUGGAAAUGCUGCGGCCACGGCAUUGGAGGACUGCCCCCCAGAGGCGCGCGGCAUUGUAUCGGGUCUGCUUCAACAAGGAUAUGCAUUUGGCUAUCUGCUAGCCACCGCAUUUGCGCGCGCAUUGGUGGAUACAACCUCGCACGGGUGGAGGCCGUUGUACUGGUUUGGUGCUUGUCCCCCCGUGUUGAUCAUACUCUUUCGUUUUUUCCUCCCCGAAACCCAGGCAUUCCAGGAGCGCCAGGCAACUCGAGAAAAUGGUGUGGGUGGAAAGACAUCAGAGUUCCUUCAGCAGAGCAAGUUAGCUGUCAAGCGACACUGGCUGCUACUGAUUUAUCUCGUCUUGCUAAUGGCCGGGUUUAAUUUCAUGUCCCAUGGGUCUCAAGACUUGUAUCCAACUCUAGUGAAAAGCGAAUUCGGCUUCUCUCCUAACAAGGUCACCGUUACGCAGGUUGUUGCCAACCUUGGAGCCCUAACCGGCGGCACCCUGUGCGGUUGGGCAAGUCAGAUCUUUGGGCGCCGCUUCUCUAUCAUUGCGAUCAGUAUAGUCGGUGGAGCGCUUCUGUACCCCUACACGUUUGUCACCUCGACCAACGUCAUGGCCGCCGCCUUUUUUGAACAGUUUUGCGUACAGGGUGCCUGGGGAGUAAUUCCCAUCCACCUGAUGGAACUGUCGCCCGGAGCGAUUCGUACUUUCGCCGUAGGUACCGCCUAUCAAUUGGGAAAUCUUGUCUCGUCAGCCAGUUCAACUAUUGAGUCUACGAUCGGAGAGCGCUUCCCGCUGCCACCAACGGAGAAAGAAAAACAUCGCUAUCAAUACGGCAAAGUCAUCUGCAUCUUUAUGGGGUGUGUGUACGGCUAUACGAUUUUGAUGACCUUUUUGGGACCGGAAUAUCUAGGGCGGAAUUUCGAUGUAGCGAAUGAUUCCGAUAUUGCAGCAUCCGCGCAUGGCACGAGGGAUGAGUGCACUGAAAAUGAUCCGGAAAAGGGUGACGCUCGAUUUGAGGGUGAACGCGAUAAAUGA